AUGACUCGUCCUCUGCGAUCCAGAAACUCCAGGACACGUAGCAAUGAGCCGCAAGAACUUCAACAGGAGUUUACAGAUUCCAAUGGCAUCAUUCACACAACGUCUAGGAGUCUGAGGAAGGUGAAUUAUGCAGAAGUGGAAAAUAACUAUGACUUCAUCAAUGAAGGUGAAAAUGACGCUAACGACAACGAGAUUAACGAUAAGGACGACGAGGAGGAGGAGGACAUGCCAGUGACAAAACCUUAUCGUGGAAGAAGGAGGACAAGUCUUCACCAUGAUGAUCAGGAAACGGGGGAGUCAUUCAAACCGGAAGAGUCAUUGCAACAAAAGGAUGUGUCUUCAGCUUUGGAGCCCACUAGGGAAUUACGGACAAAUAAUGUCCAUAAUGAGGAGGAAGACGCCAGUUUUCACGAAGACGAUGAGGAAGAUGCAGAGGAAGACGAUGUCGCUGACCCGUCAAAUGACGACGAAUAUUUUUCAGAAGAAUCUAUCAAGAAAACUCGUCGAAGGGCAGACCGGAAUUUCAUUGUUAGCGAUGAGGAAAGUGAUGAUGAUGAAGAGGAAGGUCUUUCACGUAUUGCCAGAAAUCACCGUCGUGCUCCACGCUCUUCGUACCCUGUUGCUGAAUCCCAGAUCGACACUGAUGAGGACGAAGGUCUGAGAUCGGGAAGAAAGUUUAGAAGUUCGACCAUACAAGCCCGACAAACUCGAGCACAUGGCAUUUCCCCACCGCGAAAGCUUCGGCGUAGAGGUAGACCAGCAUUUAUUGAUGAAGACGAUGGUUCAAGAGCCGAACGAGUGUCGCUGGCAGAUGAACUCCGAGAGCUCAGAGAUGAUAGCCCAAUAAGAGAAAAAAGGUCAUUACGCGAGAGAACCAAGCCUGUAAACUACACCCUUCCGCCACCUUUACCUGAAAAUUCUAUUGACGAGUACAACAGAAUCACAAACGAAAACAGUGCGUUAUCAUAUCCUUCCCCGCGUGGCCGACGAAGGCAGAUUACGGGUCAAAGCUUUGGCCCACUAAGAAGAUUAUUCCCCACAGGUGGGCCCUUUGGCGGUAAUGACGUUACUGCAAUUUUUGGAACCAAUACCAAUUUUUAUGACACGAAUGCCAAUCCCAAUCAUGCGGGGAACAAGCUUCUUCUAGACUCUGACUCAUCUGAAGACGAAAUCAUACCUCUAGGUGUAGCACCAACUAAAGCCGAGAAGACCAAGCCCAAGAAAAAGAAAACCGAAAUAGCGGAUCUUGAUCCGCUGGGCGUCGACAUGAACGUAAAGUUCGAAAAUGUUGGAGGUUUGGAUAAUUAUAUUGAUCAACUCAAGGAAAUGGUUGCUUUGCCCUUGCUUUAUCCAGAACUAUAUCAGAAAUUUGCAAUAACACCACCAAGGGGUGUUCUUUUCCAUGGUCCUCCAGGUACUGGUAAAACAUUGAUGGCAAGAGCCUUGGCAGCCAGCUGCUCUACGGAUCAGCAAAAGAUUACAUUCUUUAUGAGAAAAGGAGCUGACAUACUGUCCAAAUGGGUUGGGGAAGCGGAAAGACAACUGAGAUUACUUUUCGAAGAGGCAAAAAAGCAGCAACCCUCAAUUAUUUUUUUCGAUGAAAUCGAUGGUCUUGCACCCGUUAGAAGCUCCAAGCAAGAGCAGAUUCACGCGAGUAUUGUUUCAACAAUGCUUGCACUCAUGGAUGGUAUGGAUAACAGAGGGCAAGUCAUCGUGAUCGGAGCUACGAACAGGCCGGACGCUGUUGAUCCUGCUCUUAGAAGACCUGGGCGUUUUGACAGAGAGUUCUAUUUUCCCUUGCCCGAUGUUGAGGCGCGUGCCAAAAUUUUGGAAAUUCACACGAAGAAGUGGGAACCCCCACUGCCUAAACAUUUUAUUGAGAAACUAGCUUCUUUAACAAAGGGUUAUGGCGGUGCCGACCUUAGAGCUCUGUGCACUGAAGCCGCGCUUACAAGCAUUCAAAGAAGCCUUCCUCAAAUUUACCAAUCUGAUGCCAAAUUGAAUAUUGAUCUUGCCACGGUCGAUGUUAAAGCAAGCGACUUUAUGCUAGGUCUAGAAAAAAUAGUGCCAUCAUCAGCUAGAUCAACGAGCACAUCUGCUCAACCAUUGCCCGAAACGAUAAGUCUUUUGCUCAACGAGCAAUUGGACAAAAUCAAGAGGAAAAUACAACGUUUGAUACCAACCAACCCGAACGCACCUCGCAAAGGUACUUCUUUGAUUAAACACUACGCAGAGUAUGAGGACGAUUAUUCCGACGAAGCAGAAGAUGGAUUUUCAAAAGCAGAGUUUUUAAGAACUGUGGAGAAGUCUCGAAUCUGUAAACCGCGUCUUGUUGUUACAGGCCCAAGGGGAAAUGGUCAGCAGUAUAUUGGAGCGGCUAUCCUCCAUUUCCUCGAAGAUUUCAAUAUUCAGAUGCUUGACGUUGGUACACUGAUGGGUGACGCCACCAGAAGUCCUGAGGCAGCAAUCGUUCAAGUGUUUACUGAGGCAAGGAAACGUCAACCUUCGGUACUCUACAUUCCUAAUAUUGAUAUUUGGAUUCAAACGGUUUCUGAAAAUGCCGUACUAACUCUUGCAAGCUUGUUAGGGACGCUUGAAAAUAGUGAAAGAGUGCUGCUUUUGGCGAUAGCAAGUGGAUUGAAGGAUCAAGAUUUUUCGGAAGGUAUCCUCUCACCUCUAGAUCUCGGUAAAGGUAUCUUUGAUGUAACAAGGCCUUCGGAUAUACAAAGGAGGCUUUAUUUUGGCACGAUUACCAAAUUGCUGAGAAUGAGGCCAUCAAAUUUUGCUUUGGGACGGAAAAGAUCCAAGCCGUUGCCUAAACUUCCUAUUGCUACAAAGGCCGCCACUGUGGAGAUCCUUGAUGAAAAUGGACAGCCUUUGACGGAAGAGGCGAAACUUGUUUCAAAUCUAAAGGCUCAUCAAGCGCAUGAUAUGAAGUUAAAGAACACUUUAAAGAUCAAAUUGUCUGGGUUAAUGGAUCUAUUCAAGAAUAGGUAUAAAAGGUUCAGAAAACCACCGAUUGACGAUGCUGCACUCGUUCACUUAUUCGAACCUACUGCGGGAAUGCAUGGGAACCCGGAGUAUCAACAACCAUAUGUUAGAGUGGAUAAUAUGAUACUCGAGUGUGUGACAGGGAGAAAGUUUUUCAACAUGGAUUUGGAUAUAGUGGAGGAGAGGUUAUGGAAUGGGUAUUACUCAGAGCCUCGUCAAUUUUUGAAAGACAUUGAGCUUAUUUACCGCGACGCACACACGAGUGGCGACCGCGAACGAAUAAUAAAAGCAUCUGAGAUGUUUGUCAAUGCCCAAAUGGGGAUUGAAGAGCUAUCACAACCAGAUUUUGUUCAAGAGUGUAAAGCUGCCAGACAGCGUGAGAUCACACGACAAACAUUAUUUUUACAAAAGGAAGCUGAACAAAAAGCCCAAGAGGAAGCAGCCCUCAAAACUCAAGAAGAAGCAGCCCUCAAAGCUCAAGGGCAGGAUCAACCUAUGUCGGUUGAGUUUGAAGGUAAUGAUGAAGUCGGCAUUGAAGAUGCAGAUGUUGACAACCUUCUUGGAGAUAAGGACGUUUUAAUUCCUGAAAAACAACAACUUAAUGAAAAUGGUGCGGGCAAUGACAUUUUGGGCGUCGGCUCUGGUGGUCAACUGCAAUGUGAAGCUCGCUCUGGCUCUGGAAGCGUGAGCAUAACAGAGACUAAUGACACUAGCGUAAAAGGCCCUAAGAUUGAUAUCAAUUUGCAAAUCGGUGCUAAUAGAGCCACAUACCAAAAUAAUAGUGCGCUCGAUGUCACAAGAGUUCCUGAUACCGUUGACAGCGGAUCUAUUCGGUCAUCUUCUUCAUCAGAGCAAGGCGGCGAUGCGGAAGCUGUCGUUGAAGAACCAAAACCGGAAUAUGUAUUUGACGAAGCCAGAGCUCAACAGCUUUUGGAUAGACUGAAAGUUAAAACACAGAAUUUCAUUGUGGAGCAACUAGAGGAAAAAUACGCGUCUGUUCUAGAAAUCGUAUGGGCCGAGAGGUAUUCUUGGAACAAAAAUGUUGCUCUUGAUAGACUGGAGCAGCUCAUCGACAACAGCGCGGUACAUAAAUGA